UUAUUUCAGGCUGAUGGAAAACUACACGUACAACAGCUUCAUACUUCAGAUGGAAGGGUUAAAGGUCUCAAAGGAUUCCAUGUACCCUGUUUUUUUCUUUUUACUCAUUGCCUACAUUGUUACAAUGGCUCUGAAUAUAGGCAUUUCAAUUAUAAUUUUGAUUGACAAGAACCUUCACCAGCCUAUGUAUGUCAUUUUCUGCAACCUGUCAGUCAGUGACAUGAUUGGUAGUACUAAUAUUGUGCCCCGUUUGCUUGCGGAUAUUUUAGUGCCUCCAUCUCAGCGUCUCAUCACUUAUUAUGAAUGUGUGGUCCAAGCUUUCAUCACACACCUGUUUGGUACAACAUCCCAAACUGUGCUCAUGAUUAUGGCCUAUGACAGAUACGUGGCCAUUUGCAAUCCACUGCACUAUGCUUCCAUAAUGACCACCAAAAUGGUGAUUAAGCUGACAGUUGCUGCUUGGGGAGUGGCCUUCGUUUUGGUGGGGAUUCUGCUCAGUCUGACCAUACGUCUCAACCGAUGCAGGACUGUGAUCAUGAAUCUAUACUGUGACAAUGCUUCUCUGUUUAAGCUGUCCUGUGAGAGUGUGUUGAUCAAUAACGUCUAUGGUCUCACUUUCACUGUAGUGUUGAAAGUCGCCUCUAUAGGCAGCACAAUUCUCACAUAUGCUAAGAUAACAAUGGUCUGUGUGAGUGGUAAAAACAAGUCUUUGAACAAGAAAGCCUUGAAGACUUGCAGCACUCACCUGGUUGUGUAUCUGAUCAUGUUGAUCAGUGGAUUUAUUGGCAUUAUUCUACAUCGCUUCCCUCAAUACACAGACUAUAGAAAACUUGCCACCAUUUUGUUUGUGAUUGUCCCUGGCAGCCUUAACACCAUUAUUUAUGGAGUGCAGUCCAAAGAGAUACGAAAAUUCUUAUAUGAAAUGUUUCAUAAGAACAAGUGCUUUGCAUUGUGUAAAAAAUAAAAGCUUGCUUGGGCAAUAUGGACAAUAUGUAAAUAAAUGUCUGUAGAUGAACACCUGCACAGGAUUCCACUGAUGUUUAUGGAUACAGAAAUCUAAAGCUCUACAUGCAGUAGAGACAAAGGUUUAGAACACACAACAGUCACAGAUCAAAUGAUAAAACAUGAUAUGUUAACAAUAUGACCAGCUUUGUUGUUGGAAACUAAGUCAAGACCAACUUGUUAUUGUACAUGCUGUAUGUUGCUUGGUGUCAGUGGACAGUUUAAGUUUGUGAUCUGCACACAUCUGGGUUCACAGAAAUUCACAAUUAUGGUUUCAUAAGAGUAAAAAGUAUAGGAUCAUGAAUUAAAUUCAUGUCAAAUCUGUGUAGUGCAUUAGAACACACGUUUAGAUCAACACAGCACAUACAUAGCAAGGGCAUUAUUUUAACCAAGGUUUUGAAAUAGUUACACAAGGUUAUGAUUAAUAUCCUAUGAUAUGGCCAGACUAGCUAGUUUCCAUUUAUAAGGUGAAUAAAAUUACACAGAAAUACCUAUCUGAUCUGCAAUUGUGCAUGUAGCAGCAAUUUGUCUAAUAAUCUUCUUUACCGCCACUAUUAAGCAAACCUUCAGCAAUAAGCUUGACUGGUAGUAAUGAAUCUUCUGACCGGGUAACUAUGUUCAAAACUCUUUACUUAAAUAAACAAAAACAAAGUUACAAGAUUCAAUCAUGAACGGACCGUCAAAAAACUAUGUUGCUCCUUAGGCUGUUUAAUUAUAACUGACGCUCAAGUGGCUGUGACAUCACUAGCAAUCAACCCAACAAGGGGCAUUACAGCAUUUUUCAGUUAACUAUUGAACACUGUCAUUAUGGCUCUUACAUUUCCAGCCCCUAAUUGCUUAUGCUAGAUGCAGAACAACUGUCACAUAUUAUCAAAUAGUAGAGCCAUGUAACAUUCAACAUAAUAUCCAUCAUACUGUUAUAUGUACUUUACAUGUAUACACUCUAACUGACAUUCUCAAACUGUUCACAUCGCAUGUUUCAGCAGGCACAGUUUGUUUAUAGGUCUGUCCAGUAUGUCCCUAUCACUCGAGCCAUGUUCCUCUGUGGUGUGAGCCACUUCUGUCUCUCCUGAAGGAGUGGAAAAUAUUAUCUCGUUAUCUGGUCCAAAAUAGAUUGGCAAUAUACUGUACUUGUUUCCAUCGCCGUUGUGCAUAUUGAUCGUUCUGGUCAAAGGCUCCUGGUGGAAUGUGGUAUUGGGUUUUCAUAAGCAACAGCUGGUUAGGUGUCAAGGCUUCAACAUCAUUAGGGUCAUCUGAUGCGUGCAUUUCUGGUCUAUUAUUGAUGACGGUCUCCACUUCACACAUGACCAUUUGGGUUCCUUCGUCAUCUAAGGACUGUUGCUGUAGCACAGAGUUCAAGACUUUUCUCACAGUCCAGAUUUGUCUUUCCCAUACGCCACCUCGGUGUGAGGCUGCUGGGGUACUGAACAUCCACUUGAUGCCUCGUACCGUCAUGGUGUCUUGUAUUUUCGUCUGAUUCAGGUUUUCCACAGCUUUGUGCAGUUCUUUUUCUGCAGGAACAAAGUUAGUUCCGUUGUCUGAGUGUAAGGUUUUUACUUGUCCUCUUCUGCAUAUGAAGCGACGGAUGGCAUUAAUGCAGGAAUCUGUAUCCAGACUGUGAGCUACUUCAAGAUGAACUGCUCUUACAGUGAGGCAGGUGAAAAUCACACCAUAUUGCUUGACAAGGGUUCUUCCACGUUUGACCUCAAAUGGCCCAAAGAAUUCGACCCCCACAUUGGGAAAGGGUGCCUCAUCAGGUAGUAACCUGUCCUCAGGCAAGUCGGCCAUUUUCUGUUGUCCGGUCUUAGCACUGAUUCUUCUGCACACAAUGCAAUUUGAGAUGAUUCUCCUUACAGCUGAGUUAGCUUGAGGGAUCCAAUACUUUUGUCGCUGCACUGAGAGCAUAUAGUUGCGACCACAAUGUCCAACUUACUGGUGGAUGCGCUGCAGUAUGAGGUUGGCUAUGACCCUUUGAGAGGAGGGCUGUAAUUCUAUGGUUGACAAUGGACAUCACCAAUGAAUCUC